AUGCAGUCUACUCUGCUUCAACUACAGCAAAAUUCAAUGCUUUUAUGCUUCUUUGGUUUAAACAUUGUUCCAAUCUCAUGGUUGGAUUCUCCACCCAUGAUCUUGUCGGGGGAUGUUAGAGGCAUUGUUCUAUUUGCGUUAACCGAGACAUUUAACACGUUGAAGCCUCAACCUUGUGUGAAGGAACCAGAGCUAUGCCAACCCACCUCCAGGCUACAGCAUGCAAUCUUGUACACAGCUAUAGCCCUAGCAACAAUUGGGGUGGGAGGCACAAGAUACACCAUGGCAACAAUGGGAGCAAAUCAGUUUGAAAACCGUAAGAACCAAGCCACUUUCUUCAACUGGUUCUUUUUCACCCUCUACACAGCUACAGUGGUCAGCUUCACAGCCAUCGUCUAUGUUGAGGACAAUGUGAGUUGGAGAUUAGGGUUUGGCCUGUGCGCCAUUGCCAACCUAAUUGGACUGGUCAUUUUCUUGUGUGGGGCCCGUUUCUAUCGUUUUGAUAAACCACAAGGGAGCCCAUUUGUGGGUUUGGCUCGCGUGGUUGUUGCUUCAUCGCGGAAAAGGAAUCUCCAGCACUCGUCUGGCGGAAGCAAGGAUUAUUACUAUGGGCAUGGUGGAGUGACAGAUGACUUGGUGGGUUCCGCAACACCUAGCUCCAGCUUCAGGUUUCUUAACCGUGCAGCACAGAAAAUUGAAGGAGACAUUAAACCAGAUGGUUCAAUUGGAAAACCGUGGAGACAAUGCACAGUGCAACAAGUAGAAGAUUUCAAGACCCUCAUAAGAAUUUUGCCAAUAUGGUCAACUACUAUUUUCUUAGGUACCCCAGUAGCAGUCCAAUACAGCUUAACCAUCUUGCAGGCUCUCACCAUGGACCGUCGGAUUGGGCCUCAUUUUAACAUCCCAGCAGGGUCUAUUUUAGUCAUUGUCUUCAUCUCCACUGCCAUCUCUCUCACCGUUAUUGACAGGUUCUUGUGGCCCACGUGGCAGAAGUUGACUGGUCAGUUCCCAACAUUCCUCCAACGCAUAGGAUUAGGCCACGUGUUAAACAUUCUCGGCAUGGUUGUUUCAGCACUAGUGGAGUCAAAAAGGCUUAAAAUAGCAAAAACCCACCACCUCCAAUACCAGCUUGGUGCAAUUGUCCCCAUGUUGGCCUUGUGGCUUUUCCCACAGUUAAUUUUGGUAGGCAUUGGAGAGGCAUUUCAUUAUCCGGGGCAAGUUGCAUUGUUUUAUCAAGAAUUUCCGGUGUCACUCCGAAGCACAUCGACCACCAUGGCCGCGUUGAUCAUUGGGAUUUCAUUUUAUUUAGGCACAGGUGUGAUUAAUUUGAUUCAAAAGGUCACAAGAUGGCUGCCAGACAAUAUAAAUAAUGGGAAGCUAGAGAAUGUGUAUUGGAUGUUAGUUGUGGUGGGGGUGCUAAAUUUUGGUUACUAUUUAGUGUGUGCUAGCUUGUACAAGUAUCAAAAUGUAGAGGGUGCAGAUUGUAAUUCUGGCCCUGAUAGUGAGAAGUGA